GAGACAGCCACAUUAAAGCUCCGCUAUGCGCCUGACUCAUACAACGGCGCUCUUCUUCAUACUCGUGAGUGUCAAUACUCUUGAGACUAUUGUGAAAAAAUAUGUGACCGUGGGAGACUCUGUUGAGUUUCCGGCCAGUGAUAACUGCACAGAUGGGAAAGAGUUCAAACUGAUGACAGAAAAUAUCAAAGUGACUGUGGCAGCACGCGUUGACGGUGUUUGGACCCCAGGAGAGGAUUACAAAAACCGGAUUGAACAUCUUUCUUCAUCUUCUCUCAAGUUAACCGGAGUCACCCUCAGAGACAACAAGCUGAAAGGAAUGUACGAGUUCAUGUGCGACAAUAACCCUGUCACAUUCAUCCACCUGAAUGUUUCUACAGCCUUUAACCUGUCUGAGACCGAGGGAGAGACGGGAGGGAUAAAGCUGAAUCAGACCUCCCUCAGACCUCCACCUGUUAAUUCCACACAGCGAGCCGUUGAAGAUGAAGGGAGGAGGAAUAAGAUCAUUGUUGGUGUGGUGCUUUCACUCGCAGCAGCAGCAGCAGUAGCAGUAGCACUCACAGUCAUCCUCGUUGGUCGGUACCGGAAAUCCCGCAGAUCAGAAGUUCUACCUGGACCCGGUGAUGGAAGAGCGACAGAUGUGGAGAUGAGACCUCUCAAUGGAGAGGGGUCUCCUGGUCCUCUGGUUAAUGGGGGGGCCUUCAGUGCCAAACUCCAAUGGUUGUUGACUGUGUUUUUGAAUUGUUACAAUUUUUCUAAACAUUAACAACAUAACAACAUAUUAUUAUUAUUAUUAUUAUUGUUGUUGUUGUUGUUGUUGUUGCUGAAUCUGUUUGGUUCUUUGGCAAUAAAAUGUUAUUUUAUACUUUA